UAAAGCGUGAUUUGUUUGUUUGUUGUUAUGUUUUGUGUCCGUGGCCACGCGGUUAUUGAGGUUAAGUUUGUGUUUUAGUAGUGUAUGUGACGGUAUAAAAAAUGAAGAUGAAGUCGAAAAGCAGACCAAUAACGAACCGGUUAUCCACUGUCAAGAAAUCGAAUUUGAGGACCAAAAAGAAGAAAUCUGGCGUUUUUCGGCCGCAAACAAAUAUUAAAGUGAAAACUUUUGAGUCAGAAAGUGACAGUGCAGCGGAAGAAGCGAUUUCCGAAAUGAGAGAGAAAUAUGUGAAAAAGAAAGCAACGUCUAAAAAGAAUGCAAGUCCAAAUGGCUUCGCCAGACCUAGGUUUUCUAACGAUGCAGAAAUAAGUGACAGUGAUGAUGCUGUUGCUGAUGGUGCUGAUGCUGAACACACAAGUGAUACAGACAAUGAAGAGUUUAUGAGUAAUGAAAUAUCGCUUAAAAAAAUGGGAGAGCUGCCACCUGAACUUGACAUGUCCGAUAGUGAUUUAUCGGAUGAUGAAGCAGAAGCAGAAAAUGUCCACAAGCCACCCGAUGAAUUGGAGGUGGCAAGUGAUGAAACUGAUGAUGAAACUGUUCCAGAACCACCUGGCCUUGUUACUUUAAAAAUGGUAGAGGAGUGGCGAGAAAAGUUGAAAACUGAUAAGACUUCGUCAACAAUAAGUUGUGUUGUGAAAGCAUUUCAUGGAGCUCUAAACAGAGUGGCAGCAGAAGAGGAUAAAACAGCACCAUCACUCAGAGUUGUUGGAAGUUCAGUUUUCAAUGCUGUUGUCCAGUUAUGUGUACUUGAACUACAACCUGCUAUCAAAAGCUUUCUGCAGUUACCUCCUGGGAAACGAAUACCUCCGCAUAAAUGUAAGAAAUGGGUGAAGAUUAAAACUACACUCAGAUGCUACCUAGCAGAUUUAUUAAAGUUUUUGAGUGCUGUAACAUCAGAACAUAUACUUUCUGUACUAUUAAAGCAUCUCCAUCAAAUGAUUCCUUUUGUCACCAACUUUUCAAAUGUUACAAAAGGAUUAGUGAAGAAGCUGGUUGAGUUGUGGUCAUGUGGAGAAGAAACUAUCAGAGUUCUGGCAUUUAUGUGCUUAUUGAGAUUAACAACCAGUGAGCAGAAAUCACUGCUUGACAAAGUACUGAAGAUGAUGUACAUGGCAUUUAUAAAAAACUCAAAAUUUGUCUCACCAAACACAUUGCCUGCAGUUAAUUUCAUGAGACGAUCACUCACCGAGCUGUAUAAUUUAGAUGAAAACAUUUCAUACUACCACGUUUUCCUCUACAUUCGUCAGCUUGCUAUUCACCUUAGAAAUGCUAUUACUAUUCAGAAAAAGGAAAACAGACAGGCAGUCUGUAAUUGGCAAUUCAUGCAGUCAAUUCAUCUGUGGACUGACCUCUUGGGUGCAUCGGUCAACAAACCACAGCUGCAACAACUUGUAUAUCCGUUAGUACAGGUUUCCAUUGGAACCAUCAAGUUAGUACCUUCUGCACAGUACUUUCCUCUUCGGUUCCACUGCCUUGAAAUGUUAAUAGAACUCUCAGCAAAUUCAGGUGUAUUCAUACCUGUGUUGCCUUUUCUUCUCGAGGUGCUGACAAACUUUGAUUUUAAUAAGAAACAUAAGAAAGUAUCCAUGAAACCUCUGGACUUCACAUGCAUUUUAAGAGUGUCCAAAGGCCAGUUGCAGGAGAAUGGAUUUAAAGAUGCAGUCAUAGAAAACAUUUACAAACUACUCCUUCAGUAUAUGGCAAAUGAAUCUCACAGCAUUGCAUUCCCAGAUAUGACUGUUCCAGCAGUGAUUCAGAUAAAAAUGUUUCUGAAGAAUUGUAAAAAUCCCAAUUAUUGCAAGAAAAUGAAACAAAUUUUAGAAAAGAUAGAAGAAAAUGCACACUAUAUUGAAGAGGAACGAAAGAAAGUAUCAUUUGCACUGUCUGACAAAAAAGCAAUAAGUGCUUGGGAAAAUGGUAUAAAAUUGCAAGGUACGCCUUUAGCAAAAUUUUAUACCAGCUGGAACAAAAUGAACAUACAGCAGCUAGCUAAGAAAGCAACAGAUAAUGUAAAGCUUGGAGAUUACAACAUCCCAGUUAUAAAGAAGCCAGUUAAGUCCACAGCAGGCGAUGAUGAUGGUCCUGUGGAGCUGUUUCCAUCCGACGAAUCUGAUGCAGAUGAGUUCUUUGGUGCUGAAGCUCAGUCCAAGAAGAAGAGAGGUAAAAGAGGAAGUAAGAAACAGCAGAAUCUCAAGCCUGAGACAAAGAUAAAGUCAGAGAUGAAGAUAAAGCCCGAAGAAGGAGAAGAGGUGGAGGACAUUGUUGAAGAUUUUGAAUUUUCUGAAAGUGAAUAGAAUGACGUGUAUUACUAUUAAGUUGUAAAAUUUGUAUUAUAUACUAUACUUAACAAUUUAAUAUGUUGUAGAUAAAAUAUGAAUUAAAAUUAAACACUUUGUUGGUUUUAUAAA